AUGGUCGCUAUCGGCAUCGAUUUGGGCACCACGUAUUCAUGUGUUGCUGUUUGGAAAGCAGGUAAUGUAGAGGUAUUAGCGAACGAGCAAGGUAAUAAAACGACGCCGUCUUACGUCGCAUUUACCGCGGCAGAUCGGUUAGUCGGCGAAGCGGCGAAGAGUCAGGCGCCGUUUAAUCCCGGCAACACGAUUUUUGGCGCGAAAAGGCUGAUCGGACGCCGGUACGAUGACGUAGGCGUCCAAAUGGACUUGCGUCGUUGGCCAUUUCGAGUCGUUAAUGAAAAUGGUAAGCCUUUGAUAUUUGUAGAAUAUAAGGGUGAGAAAAAGAAGUUCGCGCCAGAAGAAAUAAGUAGUAUGGUUAUUUUCAGGAUGAAACAACUGGCUGAGGCACAUUUGGGUGUCAAGGUUGAUCAAGCAGUGAUUACUGUUCCCGCUUAUUUCAACAAUGCGCAGAGGCAAGCUACCAAGGCAGCAGCAACUAUAGCGGGGCUGAAAGUGUUAAAAAUCAUUAACGAGCCGACUGCCGCGGCUUUGGCGUACGGCUUGGAUAAGAAUUUGAAAGGAGAGAAGAAUGUUUUGAUAUACGAUCUCGGCGGCGGGACUUUCGAUGUUUCCGUCUUGAGGAUUAGCGAGGGAUCCGUGUAUGAAGUAAAAUCUACGGCUUACAACACCCGGUUAGGAGGAGAAGACUUGGACAACAGAUUGGUAGCAUACUUCGCGGAGGAUUUCAAGAAUAAGUAUCAUACUGAAGUUUCUCGCAAUCCUAAAGCGAUGAGGAGGCUGAAAACAGCGUCUGAACGUGCGAAAAGGUUUCUAACAACUGCAACGGAUGCGAAUGUCUUCGUAGAGUCUCUUCACGACGGCAUAGACUAUCAGGGCCGUGUAAGCAGAGAUCUAUUUGAAGAUCUAUGCUCAGAUCUCUUUACUGAUACUCUGAAGCAUGUGGAAAAAGCACUUAAAGACGCCAGAAUUAAUAAGAGCGAUAUAAACGAUAUAAUCCUUAUAGGAGGUAGUACGAGAAUACCUAAGAUCCAAACAAUGCUGAUCGAGUAUUUCGAUGGUCAUCCGCUGACUACGGCUAUUAAUCCAGAUGAAGCGGUAGCAUUCGGUGCUGCUAUACAAGCCGCUAUGCUCAGUGGAGAACACCAUGACAAGAUCAAAGACCUGCUUCUAGUCGAUGUGGUGCCAUUGUCUUUAGGUGUGGAAACUGCAAGAGGGCUCAUGUAUAAGGUAAUAGAGAGGAAUACGACGAUUCCCUGCAAGAAUACCAAAGAUCUCACCACCCAAGAGGAUUACCAAAGGAGUAUGACGAUUGAAGUGUUCGAAGGUGAAAGGAGUCUGACCAAAGAUAAUAAUUUGCUCGGUGUUUUCGAUUUGAACGGCAUACCUCCAGCUCCAAGAGGGGUAGCGAAAGUCGACGUUACUUUCGACGUGGAUGUGAACGGAACUUUGAGUGUCACAGCACAGGACAGGAGCACUGGCAAAUCUGAGGGUAUAAUCGUGAAGAAGGAGCGUAGAAUGAAUCAACGGGAUAUCGGAAAGAUGAUAGCUGAUGCUGAGAUUUUCAGGGAAGAAGAUACAGAGAAGAAAAGAUGUUUCGAAGCGAGGAAUCAGUUGGAGAGCUACGUUUACAACGUGAAGCAAACUGUUCUGGAGAAAGGAGGUAAAUUGUCUGAGAGAGAGAAGGAGAUAAUGUUGGAAGAGUGCAAGAGUGCUAUUAGAUGGUUGGAGGCUAACGGUGAUUGUUUGAGGGAGGAAUACGAGAUGAAGAUGACUGAAUGGAUGAGGAAAUGGUCGGGGAUUAUGAAGAAAUUGUACGAUUGCAAUUGGAGUCACAGGAAUAAAAGGCAGAGAGGUGACAGCUAUCGCUCAGAGUUAAGCGAGCAGGAGAUCGCGAUUAUAGAAGAACUUCACUACGACUGA